GCAGACCUUAGCACGCUCAACAGCACCAGCCGCUAAGCCCGUACAGGCUCAACCACGCCUGCGUUGGCCAGAAACAGGGGAGGGCAGGGGGCUGAUAAGACAACACAGCAACCACGACCUCGGCAACAUUAACCCAAUAAAUACAAACUCUUCCACGCUCCACGCCGACGUCAGCAGCAAACGCGAGCGGCUCAAUGUCCCGACGACCGUUCCUACGGUCCUUCACUCUUUUGGUAUAACAGUAUAACACGGCUCUGUCGCAACUCGGCUUGUUAUCUACACAUUGCCUCUCCUACGGAUCGCCUAUCACUCUCUACGGCCGAACGAAAUCCGAGGGACACCACCACGAGCCGGGACAAGAUGCCGGGCCGCCCGUUCCCCGUCGCCGAUUGGGCUCCCGUCCAGGACUCCCUCAUCGGCGCCGACAACUCGAAGCAGUUCGCUCUCCCGACCGACCCCGAUAAGUUUCACGCCAUGGAGCCGGACAACGGUCCCCAGCCCGCCAUGCCAUCCUCCUCGCGACAGCCAAAAGCCCCCGAGUCGCGCGUCCGGAGAAGCCUGAGCUUUUCGUUUGGCCGGCGCCCGCGACCCAAGUCGGGUGUCUUCAAUGCCGAUGAGGCCGUUUCGAGACUGCCCGGACUGGUCCUCGAGGACGGCGAGGACUCGGCCGACGCGCCUCCCCAGACGCAGCAGGGUGGCGGCUCCGAGGUGGGAAUGGACGGCCCCGGGAAGGGCAAGAGUCAGAUCAAGGGCAUGAUUCGACGGGCCUCGGUCUCUCUGAAACAGCUCGUCCCUCGACGGGCCACGAUAACUGCCGGCACGGGCGAGGAUCAUCACACGCACCGCCGCUUCCUGCGAUCGGCGCAGGGCUCCGGCAGCUUCUCGGGAGGCGAGGGCCUCCUCUUCCGUCCCACGUUUAGCUUUUCGAAUCAGCCCGAGACGGCGCGUCCUACCACGGCGCACUCGUCUACAUGGCAACGUCUCCGCCAGGCCGCGAGCUUCCGCAACUCCCGCGGCAACGUGCUCGAGACCAUUGAGUCCCCGAGGUCAUCCCACUUCUUCGGCGGCCCCGUCCCGGGCUCGGGUGCAGCGCCCCCUGUUAUACCACCCAACACAGGCAACGCCGCACGCGCCGCCGCCGCCGACGCAGCCAUGCAGGCUGACGCCCUGAGGUGGCUUGGCCCCGCCGAGUGGACGGCGAGUGAGGCUGGCGGCAGCAUGCUCGGGGCCGGCAGCGGAAGCGGCGGCCGUCCGGCCUACCACACCAACGGGCCGUACCACUCCAACGACGGCGAGAGCGGGAUCGGAAUAACCGUGACGGCGACCGAGUCGGAGGAGGAGCGCGAGAAGGCCGACUCGCGGCUCGGCUUCGUCCGCCCCGGCGGCUCGGGCUCGACGGACCACCUUCAGGACAGCGCGCUCCUCGUCGGCGGUGGCGGCGGCGGCGGCGGCCUCGCGUUCGACCACCAGGGCCACGCUCAGCAGCAGCAGCAGCCGGCCGACGGCGGGAUCCCGCGCGUCGACUUUGUGGCGCAGCUGCCGCUGGAGUUGGCCAUCGAGAUCCUCGCGUACCUGGACGGGCCGGACCUAGCGACGGUCGAGCGCGUCUCGCGGGCCUGGCGCCACGUCACGACGUACCAGCACAUCUGGCGCGAGUCGUUCCUCCGCGGCAUGACGACCACCUUUGCCACGAGCGGGCCCGUAAAGCCCGGGGCCGGGCUUGGCGUCCCGCCCGUGCGGCCGGGCGGACAGUGGAAGGACAUAUACCGCGCAAAGGUGGAGCUCGACAAGCGCUGGAAGGCCGGCGCAGCUAGCCCGGUCUAUCUCAACGGCCACACGGACAGCAUCUAUUGCCUGCAGUUCGACGAGUCCAAGAUUAUCACCGGCUCCCGUGACAAGACCAUUCGCGUCUGGGACAUACACACGCUCUCGUGCCUCUUCGUAAUCGGACCCCCCGACGUCGUCAGAGACCAGGACCUCGUGUUUGACCGCGACGGCAACCCCACGCACUUUGCAACAACCGAGACCAGCCCCCGAGCGAGCCCGUCGAUACCGUCCAUGCUCACCUUCCCCAACAUGCACCACAACGCGUCGAUCCUGUGCCUCCAGUACGACGACCGCAUCCUGGUGACGGGCUCGUCGGACGCUACGUGCAUCGUGCACUCCAUCUCGGGCGGGUACCGGCCCAUCAAGCGGCUGCAGGGCCACUCGGCCGCGGUGCUGGACCUCUGCUUCGACGACCGCUACAUCGUGACGUGCUCCAAGGACGUGUCCAUCUGCGUGUGGGACCGCGAGACGGGCGCGCUGGUGCGGCAGCUGCGCGGGCACGCGGGGCCCGUCAACGCCGUGCAGAUGCGCGGCGACGCCAUCGUGUCGUGCUCGGGCGACUUCAAGGUCAAGCUGUGGAACAUAUCGACGGGCAAGUGCAUCCGCGAGUUCGCGGGCCACACAAAGGGCCUGGCCUGCAGCCAGUUCAGCGAGGACGGCCGCUACGUGGCCAGCGCCGGCAACGACCGCACCAUCCGGGUCUGGGACGCCAACACGGGCGAGUGCGUGCGCGAGGUCAAGGCGCACGAGAACCUGGUGCGGAGCCUGCACAUCGACAGCGUCUCGGGCCGCCUGGUCAGCGGCUCAUACGACACGGACAUCAUGGUGUUUGACAUGGAGACGGGCCGCCAGCUGCUGCACUUCCCGCGCUGGCACGCCAGCUGGGUGCUGAGCGCCAAGAGCGACUACCGCCGCAUCAUCUCGACGGGACAGGACCCAAAGAUCCUCGUCAUGGACUUUGGGAAGGGGGUCAGGGGCAUCGAGAUGCUCGAGUCUUGCAUGCGCCGCCGUGCGAGCCACGGCGGCGGCUGCGGCGACGACGACGGGGCGGCUUCGGGGUGCGCCGACGAGGCCGGCGGCUCGGCGCAGUCGCCGCCGCCGUUAUCGCCGCACAGGCGACACAUCUUGAACGCGGUCGGGGGGAGGCCGGCGGGAUACAUCUAGAGGGGAAAACAUCACACGAGUGAAGGGACAAAACCAUCGGAAGGAGGUGGCGAGCCUAAUCUUUAAUGCUUCCUUUUUAUUCAUCGUUUUUCUCUCUCUCUCUCUCUCUGUUAUAUCUCAUCACCUCUCUGGUUGGAGUCAAGGUUAAGGGAUUUGCUUUGGAUAUCCUCGCUGGCGGGAACCGGUUGAGCGACAUGAAUAUAGACAUAUGCAGCGUUUGAUAUUUUGUGAAGCAUUUCAAUUGCCUCUACUCUGUUUCGUCUAGUUAAAUCACUCUCUGUGUUGUAUACACACUUUCUUGCAUCGUGG